GAUACAAUGCUUGAAAUCCCAUGCCAGCCGGACAUUACUAAAAUAGCGGUGAGCUCAAAUCCGGUACGCUGUGAUGGCGGUGAGCUGAAAUGGCGGUGUGCUGUAAUGGCGGUGAGCUGAAAUGGCGGUAAGCUGAAAUGGCGUUAAGCUGAAAUGGCGAUAAGCUUUAAUGGCGAAAGCUGAAAUGGCAGUAUACUGUAAUAGCGGUGAGCUGAAAUGGCAGGAAACUUUAAUGGUGGUAAGCUAAAAUUACGGUUAGCUGAGAUGGUGGUAAGCUGAAAUGGCGGUAAGCUGAACUGGCGGUGUGCUGUACUGAUGGUAAGCUGAAAUGGUGGUAAGCUGAAAUGGCAGUAAGCUGAACUGGCGGUGUGCUGUACUGGUGGUAAGCUGAAAUGGCGGUAUACUGUAAUGGUGGUAAGCUGAAAUGGCGGUAAGCUGAAAUGGCAGUGAGCUGAAGCUACAGUAGAUAACGCUGAUUUCAUUUUAACCCUUCAGAAAUGUGUGGAUAUCAUUUGUGAUCCACCCAGGAAAGAACAUAAAUAAUAGAUUACAAGGACAAGCAUGACGAUUGCAGAAGAAAUUUAUUUAUGACUUUGCUUGCGCUAAAACAAUUUUGUUUACGACAAGGUCGCUGAACAUCUAGAUUCUGGGCCUGGAUCGGUAGCGAUAGCGAAGGAAAAUAUUGCUCUGAAAUACAAUAAAUGCUUAUUAUAUAAAAUCGCAAAUUUUUGAAGAAAGAGGAAACAUUUGUCAAAGAGAGAUCCCAUCCAUGACGAUAAAAAAUUGUGAAAACGAUAAUAUGCUGACACACUGAGACACUGCAAUAACUGCCUGAAGGACAAGCAAGCACACAUUAGAACUAAAGAUGAAGUUGCAGACAGCUCUUUUUCUUUUGAUAUUGGUCAAGAGCUUCAAAGUGCAUUUUUGUAGAAAAGCUAAAAAAGGAUCACAUCUGGUCCAUAAUUUUGAGACUCGAUCAACAAAAUUUCAACAUACAGUGAGUGAAGAAAAGCAUGCCAUUGCAAAAAGAGGUAGAGAUUCGCAGAAAACAGAUCAUGUAUCGACAAUUAAAAAGCACGAAAUAGAAAGUGGUUUCAAGGACAAAAAAUAUCAUAUUAAUUUUAGAAAAAACUCACCAAAAAAUUUGAUUGAAAGCGGAAUGCAGUCAAAUCCAUUCGGACACCUUUCAGAGCUGUUGGGCCUAAAAGGAUCAUUUAUUCCAAGCCAGUCGAGGCAAAGAUGGUUGGCGGAUGAAGAAGAAAAUAGAAACGAACAAAGAAAUGAUGAGAGUUCUAGCCUGGAAAAAAUUGUGACUCACCCAGAAAUGGGUAGCAGUGAGUUAUCUGCUAUGAAAGGAACAUUACCCUUAGAUGUUUCACCUCAACAGGCUGCGCUAAUUACGUCAACAGCAGAAUCAAAUGAGCAAAGACGAAAGUUUAUGGAUUGGGAGAAACAAGGAGGCUCAAUGGAUACUAGACAUUUUCCAUCAACUUUCAUCAAAGGAGGGGAUAGUACAGCGUCGAAACGUGUAUCGACGCAGCGAAACCCUGAUGCCGUAUCUGUUAGCAUUAGGCAAGGUGCCAACUCGUAUCGUGUAGAAGGAGGUCACAUGAAAAAUGAAGUCCACAGGUCAGAAAAUGUUGAGCGAAUUCUAAAUGAACUGAAUCCCAAUGCAGAUUCGUUGACUACAGAGACAAAUGUGGCAAAGAAUCAGCCAGAACCAUCACAAGAUAAGCCAGAAAUAUACAAAGCUCUUGAAAACAAGGACAAGAAACGGUUUGUAGGAUUUAUGCCGAACCAGUUUGGAGUUCUCGAUGGCAACCAUGGCCUAAGUAAUGAAGUGUUACCCGGACACAGUCUUUUUGGUAGUGCCAUGCACGAUCAGCCUCUGACUCAUGAUAUGAUAAACAAGCUUCAGCUUGAUCCGGCAUGGGACGCAAUGGAGGUUAAGAUACUUGCUCAGCAUGGCCAAAGAGUGAUACCAAUGCAGAUGCCAAUGACCAAAAUAGAGAAAGAAAUGAUGCCACCAGAUGGCAUCCCGGUAGGUCAGGCAUAUCUUCCAGCCAACCAUCAUAUGCAUUCAAGUAUGCUGGAAAAUCUCCAAAGUGACGCAGGUCAGGCAAUGGCCCAAGGGAGCGCUGAUGGCCAUGCGCUAAAUGUGGGUGGAGCUAUUGUGCAAACUGUUGGAAAUCCAUGGAAAAAUCUGAAACAAACCACAUAUGAUCAUGCAGACGACAAUUUUCCACUCGCAAGUAUGAACGAACAGACGAGCACCCCAUCAUCAGUCAGCGAAGGGUCAGCGGCAGUUGAAGGUGAGAAAAUGGCGGAAGAAGAAACUGAAUCAGUUGGAAAACCAUUAACAAAGGUAAAGGGGAAGAAAUUCAAAGCAAAGGAGGUCAGCAAAGCAGUGGAAUCAAAGGAUGACAAAAAAGAUGAUGAAGACGUCAAGGGUGGAAAGCAAAGUUUCAGGGUGAACGCAAGAAAGAAGCCAGGUCUUGUUUUCGUGAAAGGAAAAAAGUUCGGCAGAAAUCAAAAUCAGGAGGACGAUGAAAAGGAAGAAAAGGAGAUUGAUAGGAAGAUUAAAAAUUACAAGCAAAGAAAGUUUCGACCGAGCUUGAAACAAAAAGAGCAAAAUUCCGAAGAAGAUGACGAUGAAAAUGCUGGUGAAAUGCUUAAAUUGAAAAGUAAGAAGAUUCAACAAUCACGUGUCCAAACAGAUACAGACGAUGAGGACCAAGGACCAAAAUUCAGUAAACAAGAGAGCAACAGCCAAUAUUCAAAACUCGGAGGCAAGCCUCAAAUGCGCAAAGGACAACAAUGGCAUAUGGAGCCUGGCGCUCAUCAGCAGCAGUUUAAAGAUUCCAAACAAGUCAACGUCAACUCCGGCAAAUACAUAACACAUAAAUUUGUGAAUUUCCUGAGCGAUGUUGCACAGCACUUGAACGUAGACAAACUAUCCAUUGCGGAGCAGCUAGUAAAAGACGUAGAAGAAAGCAAGAAAAGUAAUGGAAGAAAAUCAGCAGAACUUGCAUCUGAAGGCCAGUUGAUGAAAGAUCUUCAAGGCAUAGCAGAGAAACGGGGGAGGCUCGGAGAUAACCAGUUAGGAUCGUCGAAUUCUGAUCCAAUGCGAAUCAGAAGAAAACAACCUACUGUUAUAAAAUACAUAUGGAACAAGGGGAUUUCUGUAUUAAAAGAGAAUUGAGUAGCUUUAUCACUAAAGAGUGUAGCUAAACAUUCGUGUAUUCCGUAAUCAGACAAACAAACAAAACACUAUACCAAAUUACAUUCCCUACGAUAAGUCCUUGAAAAAACCUGUUUUUAAGCAAUGGCUUUUAGAAGUAACGUAUUCUGAUAACAGUUCCUGAUACCCCAUCUCCUUUCUCCUUAAGUAGUGUUGCUUGGAAUCGAUCGUACAAGAAGGAAACUAAGCAGAGUUAUGAUGUACAAGAUUUGGCAGGCAUCUUGAUGCUGGAAGAAUACAUCAAAUGCAACUAAUUUUCCUAAAUAAAUGACAACUCCUUAAAUCAAGUGCUUUUAGCAUGCUCAAAAUUGUUUUCUGCAAUCAGUUCAGCGGUUUCUUUUUGGCAGACAAAAACAAAGCAUCACAAUAACCUACUCUUCGUUAUAAGCAGGUUGACGAGGCUAUCUUGAAAGAGAGACUGCAUCCUUGCAAA